AUGUCAGCACUUUACCCGGUUGAAAAGGAUCCUCAACGUUUAACUAAGUACCAGCACUAUAAAUAUCAUUUAAAAUAUGAUGGAUUAAAGUUCCCCAUGUCUCUGGAUCAAAUUAAUAAAUUUGAAAAGAUGAACCCGCAGCUAUCGAUUAACGUGUACGGCUACAAAGAUACGUUUCUACGUGGUUUGGAAAUUUUCCCUGUACGCGUUAGCUCGAACACUGCGGAGAAGAAAAUUCAUCUAUUGGCUGUGGAGAAUGGGAACAGUCACCACUUUUGCUGGAUAAAAAAUUUAGCAAAGUUGGCUCGAUCGGGUGUAACAAAACACCGCCGCCAAAUUUAUUUAUGUGAUCGAUGUCUCAACUAUUUUGCAACAGAAAGCAAACUCCAACAGCAUUCAGUAAAUUGUGGUGAAAAAGAAGCGGUGCGGGUACGAAUGCCUGAAACUGAUGACGAGCGGUUCGUUGAGUUUCAGAAAUUUUCUCAUCAAGAACCAAUUCCAUAUAUUGUAUAUGCAGAUUUUGAGGCGUUAUUGGUACCACAACAUCAUGAAGACAUGGAAAUGGAUCAUGGGUCUUAUACGCAAAAUAUUCAAAAACAUGUACCCUACAGUGUAGGUUACUAUGUUCAUUGUACCCAUGAUCCCAACCAAUCGUUUUAUAAGGCAUACCGUGGUACUGAUUGCGCAAAAUGGUUUGUUAAAGAACUGGAACAGGUUGCGUAUACAUUGGAAAAGAAAAUUAAACACGUUGAACCAAUGAUACCGCUCACCAUCGAACAAGAAAUGGAGUUUCUGUGUGCAGAAAAGUGUCAUAUUUGUAAAAAAUCUUUUACACCAACAAAUAGUAUCCGCGUGCGUGACCAUUCACACAUCACAGGUUAUUACAGAGGUCCAGCACACCAAAUUUGUAACUUAAAUUAUCAAACUUCAAAGGUAAUACCUGUUGUGAUGCAUAAUUUAAGCGGAUAUGAUGCACAUUUUAUAAUAGAACCUCUGCUAACAGAAUUCGAUGGUCAUGUUGAUGUGUUGCCCAUCAACAAAGAAAAGUACAUCAGUUUUACCAAACACGUCUCGGACAUUCAAUUACGAUUCAUUGAUUCCUUUAAGUUUCUCUCUGAAAAAUUAGAUAAUCUGGCUUCCUAUUUAGAUAAUGAUAAAAAAACUAUUUUACAUAGAGAGGUCAGUGAUGAUGAACAAUUUCAAUUGUUAACAAGAAAAGGUGUAUUUCCUUAUGAAUACAUGUCUAGUUGGGAACGUCUUGAUGAGGUAAGCUUACCCACAAAAGAGGCGUUCUACAGUGCAUUAACAGAUGAGCACAUAACGGAUCAGGAUUAUAAUCAUGCUAUACAAGUAUGGAAUACAUUUGGUUUACAUACACUAGGUGAAUACUCUGACCUGUAUAUGAAAACUGAUGUGUUUCUACUUGCGGACAUUUUUGAAAAUUUCCGUAAAACUUGUUUGCAUAAAUAUGGUCUUGAUCCAGCUCACUCUUAUACACUAGCUGGCUAUACAUGGGAAGCCAUGUUGAAAUACACCGAUAAGAAACUGGAAUUGUUCACUGAUGUAGAUAAGUUUCUGUUUAUCGAGAGAGGAAUCAGAGGUGGUGUGAGUCAUUGCUCUAAUCGCUAUGCAAAAGCUAAUAAUAAGUACAUGACAGAGGGGUAUAAUCCAAAUGAAACACAACAUUAUUUGAUGUAUUACGAUGUGGUGAAUGAAUAUGGAGCAGCAAUGUCUACAUCUUUACCCACUGGAAAUUUCGAGUGGGUUGACACACCAGACGUCAUGGAAAUUGCAGACGAUUCACCAGUCGGUUUCAUUUUAGAAGUGGAUCUGGAAAUACCCCAAAAUCUGCAUGAUUACUUUAGCGAUCUACCACCAUGUCCGGAGAUAGCAAAACCACCAGGAUCAAAACAAAAAUACCUGCUUACAACUCUUUUGAUCAAUCUCCAUGGUUGA